AUGACAAUACGUAUUAUAUUCAUCUGGUAUGAUAUCAACAUUAUCAAAGAUGAUGUUUAUAAUCAAUGCAAUGAUAUUUUAUUUACUUUUCAUCAUGAUCAACAAAGUUGUAUCGAUUUUAUUAAAUCAACACCGAAAAGUGAAACAAUAUUUUUCGUAUCAUCUUCGUCAUAUGUAGUAGAAAUUUUACCAUUGAUAAAUGAUUUCAGACAAUUAAAUUCGAUUUUUAUUUAUUCAAUUGAUCAAGAACAUAAAGUUGGUGAAAAUAUGUUCGAUAAAUAUUCGAAAAUAAUUGGUAUAUUCGAUAAAUUUGAAGAUUUAUUUCAAUCGAUUCACGAUCAUAUUGAUCUAGUUAAUAAACAAAUUGAAACAUUCAAAUUCUAUGAAAAACAUCAAAAAUCAACUCGUCAAUUAUCCAAAGAAUUUGGUUCAUUUCUUUGGUUACGUUUAUUCAAAGAUGUUAUCCUUCAAUUACCUCAUGAUGAACAAGCCAAACAAGAAAUAAUCGAAAAAUUAAAAGAAUACAAUCGUAAUAAUAAUAAACAAAUGAGAUUAAUUGAAAAUUUUGAUCAAACAUAUAAAUCCGAAGAUGCUCUUCUGUGGUAUACGAAAGAAUCAUUUUUAUACAAUCAUCUAAAUAAAGCUUUACGUACAGAAGAUAUUGAAUUCUUAUAUAAAUUUCGUUAUUUUAUAUCUGAUCUGUCAAAAAAUCUUUUGUGUGAUUAUGAACAAUUAAAAGAAUCAUUAGAUUCAAUAGUUACAUAUCGUGGUGUUCAAAUAUCAAAAGAUGAAGCUAAAAAUUUAGAAUCUAGUGUGGGAAAACUUAUUUCAACAAAUGGAUAUUUAUCAACAAGUUUUGAGAAAUCUAUUGCUUUGACAUUUAUUACGGAAUCAAGAGAAGAAAAAGAAAGAAUUUUAUUUGAAAUUGAAUGUGAUCUGCACAACACCGAUUCGAUUAUUUUGGCUCCGAUUGCUCAUUAUAGUAACAAUCCAAGUGAAGAAGAAGUUUUAUUUGAUUUGGAUGCUGCUUUUGAAAUACUAUCUGUUUCGAGAGAUUUGUUAUCGAAUAUUGUAGUAGUGAAAAUGAAAACAACAGAUGAAGGAUCAAUACUUGCUCAACAAUAUAUUAAACAACAUCGACGAUAUAUAAAUACAUCAAGUGCAAAGCUUAUCUAUGGCCGUCUUCUUGCAGAAAUUGGACAAUAUGACAAAUGUCAACAGUAUUUUGAACAUCUAUUAGAAAAUCCAAAUGGGGAAGAUGUAUCUUUUAUUUAUUAUUAUUUAGGUAUGUCCGAAUUUAAUAAAGGAAACUAUGAAAACGCUUUGGAAUAUUAUAAACAUUCAUAUGAUAUGUUACUGAAUACUGAGAUUCCACGUGUAGGAUCUUCAGCUUGUGUACUAAAUGAUAUUGGCUCAAUUUUAAGCAUUCGAGGACAAUAUGAUCAAGCUCUAGACUAUUAUAUACGUGCGCUAAAAAUUAGCCAAGAUCAUUCGAAUUAUCCUAUGAUUGCUGUUUCUCUCGGAAGUAUUGGAAUAAUCUAUCGUAUCAAAGGUGAAUAUCAUCGUGCAUUAGAUUAUCAAAUAAGAUGUCUUGACAUGAAAGAAAAAUAUUUGCCGAAGGAACAUAGAGAAAUAGCAAGAACAUCGGAUCAUAUAGCUACUGUAUUUAACGAUCUGGGUGAUUUCGCUAAUGCAAUGAAAUAUCAUCAAAAAAGUUUAGAAAUGAAUGAAAAAUGUCUUCCAAUCGGACAUGAUAGUAUUGGAUCGAGUUUCAAUCAUCUUGCUCAUGUAUUAACUAAUCAAGGAAAAUACGAUGAAGCUUUAGAUUAUUAUAUUGCUUCAUUGAAAAAUAAAGAAAAUGUCUUUCCAAAUGGACAUAUUAGUAUUGUUAAAAUUUUAAGUAAAAUUGGAUAUAUUUACUAUUUGAAGAAAGAUUAUAAUUUUGCAUUUGAUUAUCUGGAGAAAUCGAUGAAAAUGAGAGAGAAUUUAUUUUCUGAUAUACAUGAUGUUAAUCUUUUAAGUACUUUAACGUAUUUCGGUUUAGUUUUAAUUAAACAACACAAAUACGAUGAUGCAUUGAUCUAUUCAAAGAGCGCUUUUGAUCUUGCAAAAGCAUUGCUACCUCUCGGACAUGAAGAUAUGACAGAUUGUUUAACUAAUAUUGGUAUUAUCUAUCGUGAAAUGGGUAAUUAUAGUGAAGCAUUUGAAUAUUUUAAAAAGGCUCACGAAAAUGAAGAUGUAAAUCCAACAAAGCCUAGUUUUAUUCGACUAGCUCGUAACUAUGAUAAUAUGGGAAUUUGUUUGUAUCAACAAGGUAAUGAUGAAACUGGAUUGAAGUAUCGCAUGAAAGCUGUCAGAUUAAUCGAACAAGCUUCUCCUCGUACUCAACAUGCUGAUUGGAUUGAUACUAUCGGGAAUAUGUUUCUUGAGAAAAAAAUAUUUGACGAAGCUUUAGAAUGCUAUUUAAUAAGUUUAAAUAUGAAAUUAGAAUGUCUUCCAGCGAAUCAUGUUGAUAUAGCUGACAGUUUAAUGUUUCUGGGUGAUGUUUAUGUUGAAAAAGCGAAUCUUGAAAACAAACAAUGUAAGCUUAAAGCUCGAUCAUACUACGAACAAGCAUUGAUAAUUUAUCAAAAAUUGGAUCAUUAUAACACUAUUUAUAUUUUAAAUGCUAUUGGUGACGUUUAUGAAAAAAUGCAUAAAUAUCGUCUUGCCAUUCUAUAUUAUAGAAAAGCAUUGGAGAUGUGCGAGAAAUAUUCUUCUGCAGAUAAGUCUGUUCGAGAGAGAAUAGAAAAUAAUAUGGCACGUGUCCAAUGGCUGAUGAAUUGA